AUGCCAUCAUUCCGACUGCAGGGAUUCCAAUCGGUGAUCCGUGGCAAUUCCAACCUGCUGCGUCAUCAGCAGCGUCGGUGGGCGCAGGUCCACGAUGUCCGCUUCCUCGCCUCGCACCACGAUCCAAACUAUGUCUGGACAAGUAUCGGGCCAAACUGGACAAGAAGGCCAAGGAUACUGACUGGUUUAUUUAGAGAGGGACACGAGUCAGUUGAGUCUUUGAAGGAAGCCUACUCCGAAAAGAUCCAAGAUCUCCGCCGCAAAGCAGCCACCGCAGCUACCCCAGAGCCCGGAACACCCGCAUCCACCACCGCCGAGUCGCGCACCGCUAAAGCCGCACGCGCCGUCUCCAGCGAGUCCAGCCCCGUCAAGCCCCUCAGCACCUACCUGGACGUCGAGAAGAUCCGCGAGCUCCCACCCAAGGAGAUCGAAGCGCUCUGGCGCCUCCGCUUUGCGGAGAACCCGCACGCUAUUACUGCGGCGAUCCCGUUGGACACGUACAAGCGCAUUAUGCAGGCCGCACGCGAGAACCCGCAGUUCAUCCUGCCCCUCCCGCGCCCGCAGACCGCCGAAGAGGCGCAGCAAGCACCCGAGGGAGCUGGCACCGUUGCCGACAUUCACUUCCUUCAAUGGGCUUUCCACCCGCCUGCUGAGGGGUCGACUCUGUCGCCUUCUAAUAACCACACCUCUACUGUGAUCUUCACGAAUCUGGGUGUGUAUAAAAUGCACGGCGCGUAUGCCCAGCCUCACACCACUAUUACUCACCACCUCGAUCUGGCGGAUGACAAGGGUAUGGUCCUUAUGCAUGGCCAGAUUAUUCCCGACGGCGGUGUUUCGGCCAUGGAGGCCACUUGGCUUGUUAGCUGUGUGCAGCGCUUCUAUGACUUUGAGGGCCAGGCUGCUGGUCGGAAGAGUGAGCUUGUUCGCAUGUUCACCCGGGGUGAUGUUGAGAACUUCAAGGUUGAGGAACUGGUGGACGAGGCUGAGAGACUUCAGUAG